CCUCGAUCUCACAACUAUGGCUGAUAACAAAGCUGAAGAAAACACUGAGACAGGCAGAUGCAGACAAACCUGGUGACCAGACUGGUUGAAAAAAGAAACUGAGGACUGGUAUCACACCCUUCCAACACCCUGAGAGAUUCUUGGAAGGCUGAUCUUUAUCUUCACUCUUGCUCACAAAGACAAGCAGAUGCAAAUAUCAUGAGGAGCUUGCAGACACACCGACAUGCACCAAAAGUGGAGGCUGAGGCACAAGUUGGACUGUGAGGAGUGGAAAACUCGGUAGUCCCUCGGCGAUGCUUAUCCGACACCUCGCUAGAGAUUGAUCACCGAUCACCAGGACUGAUCGCCAGCUGACCCCGCAGUACAGCGUCCCCGGAGAAACCAGACCAGCGUGCCCCCCUCUCUGAGCUCCAGGAAGAAGACGCAAAAAUGUCAGAGAGGAGAGGUCAGACGAAGUCCGUCUUUCUGUCCUCGUUAUUAGUGUGUUGUAUGUUUGCGAGUGCGGAGUAUUCCAGCUGUGGAGAGUAUGAGUUCUUAAACCAGACCAGUAACAGCUGCCAGGCCUGCCCUCAGUGCCAGCCAGGACAAGAGCCACACAUGACCUGCGGCUACGGUGUGAAGGAUGAGGACUUUGCCUGUGUGCCGUGCCCGCAGGGGAAGUAUUCCAAAGGCAAAUAUGAGAUCUGCAGACGGCAUAAAGACUGCGAUGCCCUCUACAAAGCCACGGUGCGCGUAGCGGGAACUCCAGACAGCGAUGCAGAGUGUGGACCCUGUUUACCGGGGUAUUACAUGCUGGAGAACAGACCCAGGAACCUCUAUGGGAUGGUUUGCCACUCCUGUCAGAAUGCACCACCCAACACCAAAGAAUGCAUGCCAACCAACGGGCCAAUAGAAAAACCUCUGAUUGAUCCUGGCAGCACAACUGUGUUCCCUAAUCCACAUAAAGAUUCCACAGGACAGGGUCACCUAGCAACGGCUCUCAUUAUCGCCAUGUCAACCAUCUUCAUUAUGGCCAUUGCCAUCGUCCUCAUCAUUAUGUUUUACAUCCUGAAGGCCAAACCAAGUGGCCAGGCAUGUUGCUCUGGACAAGUGGCAAAGGCAGUUGAAGCUCAAUCCAACAAACAGGAAGACAAGAAGGAUGUCCCUGACAAUGUGGUGAUCUACUCGGAGAAAGAUGAGUUUGACAAACUAAAAGCUCCUCCUCAGAAGACGGUGAAAAGUGAAAAUGACGCCUCAUCAGAGAACGAGCAGCUGCUGAGCCGGAGCAUGGACAGCGACGAGGAGGCGGCGUUGGAGAAGCAGGGAUCAGCUGAGACCAAUAACCCCAACCCCAACCUGUGCCUCGUCAAUCUGGGCAACAAGCCUGACCUCUGCCUGCUCUCUCUGGGCCUCUUGGACCGCGACCGUGCCUGCAACGGGACCCCCAACAUUGCCGCCAACCCAACCAAUAACGUCCAGAGUCCCAACCACAUCGGCAAUGUCAACCACAUCGCCAGCAGUGUGACCGCAAUCAACAACAACAAUAAAACCCCAGGGAUGCUACAAAGUCGAAGGAAAAAGAUCCUGGAUCUGUAUGCCAGAGCGUGCAAUGUGACAGAGGGCUUGAGCCCCACAGAGCUUCCCUUUGACUGUUUGGAGAAGGCCAGCCGCAUGCUGAGCUCCUCCUACAGCAGCGAGGCGGCCGUGGUGAAGACGUGGAGACACUUGGCCGAGAGUUUCGGCCUGAAGCGUGACGAGAUCGGUGGCAUGAGCGACGGCCUGCAGCUCUUUGAGAGGGUGAGCACGGCGGGCUACAGCAUCCCCGACCUCCUGACCCGCCUGGUACAGAUCGAGAGGCUGGACGCUGUCGAGUCGCUCUGCUCAGACGUGCUGGGCAGCAAUGAGAUGGCAGCAGUGGGCGGGAGGCAGGGCAUCAGCAGUUUUCACAGCCAGUUGGUCUGCACGUCCCCAUUCCCAUCUCCCUCCCAACGCUGCGCCAGUGUCUAAAUAUGUGGUGGAGCAGAGACUUCUGAGUAUACAUGUAUGUUGGGACAGAUACUGCUCUGACAAGGAGGACAGCACAUAAUACAGUAUACGCAUUACCACCAUCACAUGAAGAAUGUCAGUGGACCUCUGUGGACACAGUCCUAUUUUUUUCCUAUCAUGGGUUUUCCCUGUCAAGAAGCUAAUCCAAAAUAUUUUGUAUGAUCUUAAUUUUCUGUCUCUAAAGUACUAAAGAGUUUGAGAAAGACAAAAAUCCAACACGUCAGAUUCAGAUUAUUCUCUAAUUGGCUAGUUUGGAUAUUUUUUCCUCUGCAAGAAUAUAACAAUUAUUUUAUUAGAUUUUUGUCUUUCUCAAAUUGUUGAGAAUUUUAACAAAAAAAAGGUGGAUGAAGUGUGCGCUGGACGCAACAGCUUUUCUGUCUAUUUUCAAAAGGUUUGAUAGAAAAUCUUUCAUGCAGUGCUUGAGUUUGAAAAAAGUGGUGAGAAGAUAAGGAUAUUUCAACAGUUUGCUGAAUUGGAAAUGGCCGGCAGCACCAAGAAUCAAGAUCCCUUCUUAGUUGUGCUCUUGUUGAACCCUCUGGUCUGCUAACAUAGCUAGAUGUUUGUGUUUGUGAAAAGAAAGCGACCCAGUUUGACCGCAACAUCAGUUAACAUUCAUGACUGUGCCUUGGGCUAUGCUGUCAUCAUACAGGGGAGACAGCAGACAUCAGCUCCCUACUAAAAAUGCAAUCAUUACGCCCAGCUGGAAAUGCUAAAACAUCAUUCAUCUCAGCUUACCUCCGGU